CUCGUGAGCCGUAUUUAGCAGAUCGUUCGCACUUUAAACUGUGCGUAAACUCAACUGCGCGCGCAGCCGAUAUUCCCUGUACCGCCUACCGGAUUCUGCAUCUCGUCUACAGCGAAGUGUGGAAUGAAGCCGUACAGCCCGACGAGGAAAUACCAACUGCAGCUACCCGAUACCCCGGAGCUCCUGCAACGAUUUCCCGUCGCCACUCACCGAUAACCGUCUCCCUCCGGAACCAGAAGCAAGCCCACAUAUCGGGGAUACUUCUGCAAGCAAGUGGGGAGUGCAGAAACGAUCCUGCAUUCGGACGAGAAUUUCCGAAGCAAGCAGACAGCAACGUCAUCUCACGUCGUCGCAUCGUCAGACAGUCAGCUCAGGCAAAGUCGGAAUGGAACGCCAAGGCCGUCAGCCGCAACGACCGCGGGGUUCAGGUAAUGGCAUAACGCCGUGAACGCCGCCGAAAACUCAGCGUUUGAAUAUUCUGUUACAUGAUGAUAACCUGAGGAAGAGGCGGUUCAGAUUGACACCGUACGGGUUUCUCGUUCUAGUCAGACCGAUCCGGUAUAUAUUACCGAUUAUGACCGUUAUCAAGAAUUAUUAAGCCGUAUGCAGGAAGAUGAUGGCAAGAAUUUUCCGCCAGAUGAAUCGCCGGAAAAUGUACGAAAUAUUCAAGCCGGACAGUCUAAUGUCGAACCAGUACAGAAUGUAGCCGUAAUUCAGCUGACUGUACGCACGGUGGAAACACAGGCGCCAGUACAAUUACUGCCGAUAAAUUUGAACGUGUUCCAGAGUGAACCUCCGUCUAUUCAGCCGGCACGUAAUGUGCAAGAACCUGCCGUAGUGGCACAGCCGUACCUAGCGACUCCGCAAGGUGCGCGUUGCAACCCGAUAUCAGAUCACGGUGUGAUCCGUUUAAAUUACCCAGUGCCGCAUGAGAUUCGUAUCACGGAAACGCCGGUCAUUACGCCGUUGCCAUGAGAUUCGUAUCACGGAAACGCCGGUCAUUACGCCGUUGCCGCCUCUGGUGCCGGGAGACCCACACAUGAAUUUGGCACGCGUUACCAUAGGUCACCGUCGACAUACGCUUGUAAUGGGGCCGGCAUACCGCCGACAUUGCUGCCGCGAGUAAUUCAAAUCAGGCCGGUUGUGCCGGGUCAUGCGCCGUCAGCACAGCCGCGUAUGGUUGUUGCACCGCCGAAUACUGCUGUACGUCUUCGACCGGUGAGCAAAAGCUCUCUAUCGCAACACCGUUUUAUAAUUUUGCCGACUGAUCAGCAGUUCCCUAUUAGUACAAUAGUGCGACCGGGAGUUGUUGAAAUUAGUACGCCAGUUCGUAUGCCGAAUUUACCCGUAUCACAGAGUGGUACUUUGCCGGUGGCACAGACUGAUGGUGUGCCUAAGCAGUCUAAAGACGGACAGCUGUCGCCAAAUAAAAUGCCGCGAUUGUCUCCAGAGGCAACCGGUAAUCUUAGUACCGAAACGGCUCUGCGUGAGUCACAGCGUAGGCAGAAGUUGCGUCAGGAUCGGGAGGAGUUGCAACGGCAAAUCAUCCUGGUUCGAGACCAAAUAAACCGAUGCUGUUUGAUAGCGAUGCAGAUGAGCCGAAUAGACUCGUAAUCGAUGAGCCGACUGUCGAAGUUGGUGAUUUAGAUCAGUCGAUGCAGGAUCAAACGGGAAGAAUGUUAAUACUCCUUCAACUGUCCGUGUACCGUCGCCGGAAUUUCCGGAACAUAUGCCGAUUACUAAGAAGCCGUCACCUAAAAAGUCACCGAAUAAAUCGUCGAAUUAUUCGGAAGAUUCUUCGCGGUCCAAUGCUUCGCUGCCGUUUGUAGCGGAGCACGAUGAACCGGAAGACGAAUUGCGUGUAAUGUUAGAGCCGCUUUUCAGUUUUUUAAAGAUCUGAAGAAUAAGGAAAGAGUCGCAUCAUUUACCUUUUUAUUCCAGACCUAUCGGAGCAAAGUUAACAGAGAUGUUAAUCGUGAACGCUUUCGCCUAGCGAUUCAAGGCGCAGUUAACCGGGGCGAAAUGCUCGAAGUGUACCAACAUUGGUCAGGUACGAUAAUGUAUUCGCCGACCGAUCAUCGCCGUAGGUGGUACGAGCGGAUGAUCGUUAAUACGCCGGAAAGUUUCAGAGGAGCCGUGACUAUCGCUUUACACGAUAUUCACAAUAGACUUGGUUCCUCUGUAGCCGAAAUAGCGAACUACAUAACGUUUACAUUGCCGAUGCGACCGCGUUCUGCUGCACAACAGUUUCCUAUGAUUUUGGAAGCCGUCCACGAGUUACUCCGUAGGGAAAUACUCGUAGAGAUUGCCGGGUUUAUUGUGCCGCGAUAUGCCCUGGCCGAAACAAACCGCACGCGAAUGAAUGCCGUAACUGGUGUGCCAGUAAAAGACUUAGGUCUACCGCCGCCCGAUAAGAAGCGAAAGAAGAACACGGUCAUUCGACCGCCGCCGCCGCCUUCAGAACCUACUCUGGCUGUUCUGGCAGAUACUUUCGGGCAGAUCCUUCGAUCUCGUGAAGAGCCGAUUUUUGGAAGAAUUAUCGAUCGCCUUAGGCAUCGAAAUAAUUCGACAGCCGUUGUAACCGCAGUUACCCGCGCAUAUGAAGAGGGUAGAUUAUUACGCCGUUUUAUUACUCAGCAAUUGCUGGCGUAUUAUACCGUUUCGCCGCACAUCUCGUUUCUGCUUGAAUAUCCAUUGUUAGGUGCCAGUUCUUGGCAAGAAGUAGUUACCCGUGCGGCCGGAGAAAUUAACGAUCACCAGGGAUCGACAGUCGACGAAAUCGCGCAGUAUAUUUGCACGGUUCGUCCCGAUAUGGGAAAUCGUGUUGAUCAUUAUGUGGAAUUAGCCGUGUCCGAGUUAGUACUAGAUCCGCGUAGUAUUUCUACAAACGAUCCGGAACGUGGUAUCACUUGGCGUAUUAACCGGGCUGAUGAACCGGGACCAUCACGCCGAUAAAAUAACACAUUAAAAGCCGAUUUAUUGUCGAUAAUAAUUAAUAAAUUUUCACUUAGCCGCCUAAUAAUUAACAA